AUAUUUCAAGGCUUCGGCUAAUUCAAUAGUAUUGCCUGCUCGCUUGGAAAAUCGAGCUGGACCAUCUUUAUAUGCUAAUAAGUUAUUUGGUGAUUUUAAAUUAAAAAUUGUUCGCCCUGGUGAAGAAAUUCAUCCUUUACCUCAUUAUCAAACUAAAAAUAAUGGUCGUUCUCGGAAGCAUCCUGGAGAAUUUGGCGGUGUAAAUCGCAGAUUCCGUGCUGGAAAAUAG